GCUGCUCCCUCGACUCUCGGCGCCCAGGGGAGGAGCCGGCGCGGAGCAGCCCCACCCGGGGCUCCCAGUCGGGGCCCGCCCUCACCGCCUGAACAGCCGCGGCCGCCGGGAGGGGAGAGGGAGAGAAAGGCUGGGAAGGCUGCGCGGGCGCUGUCCGGGGCCCCGAAGGCGGGGGCCGGCAGCAGGUGCGCGGCGUGGACUACAAGUCCCAGCAUGCCCGGCCGUCCUGACCCGGCCCCCGCCGCCGCUUAAAGGCUCCGGGAGCCGCAGCCGUCGGAUCGCCGCGGCUUUCGCUUUGCUGCCGUGGGUGGGAGGGCGGGAGCGGCAGACUCGGCGGCCGGCUCUACCGGCGUCCCGGCUCGGGCAGCGCCGAGGGGCGCUCCUGGUCCAUCUCUCCCGGCUCAGGGGUUCCUUGCCGAGGCGCCCGCGCCCCGGGCUCCCCGCCUCGGCCGCCGCGGCCCCGAUGCCGAGGCAUGGAUAGAGCGGCGCUGCGCGCGGCGGCGAUGGGAGAGAAGAAGGAGGGCGGUGGCGGGGGGGAUGCGGCGGCCGCGGAAGGAGGCGCAGGGGCCGCGGCCAGCCGGGCGCUGCAGCAGUGCGGGCAGCUCCAGAAGCUCAUCGACAUCUCUAUCGGCAGCCUGCGCGGGCUGCGCACCAAGUGCGCUGUGUCCAACGACCUUACCCAGCAGGAGAUCCGGACCCUGGAGGCGAAGCUGGUCCGGUACAUUUGUAAGCAGAGGCAGUGCAAGCUGAGCGUGGCUCCUGGUGAGAGGACCCCGGAGCUCAACAGCUACCCCCGCUUCAGUGACUGGCUGUACACUUUCAACGUGAGGCCGGAGGUGGUGCAGGAGAUCCCCCACGACCUCACGCUGGAUGCCCUGCUGGAGAUGAACGAGGCCAAGGUGAAGGAGACGCUGCGGCGCUGCGGGGCCAGCGGGGAUGAAUGUGGUCGUCUGCAGUAUGCCCUCACCUGCCUGCGGAAGGUGACAGGCCUGGGAGGGGAACAUAAGGAGGACUCCAGUUGGAGUUCGUUGGAUGCACGGCGGGAAAGUGGCUCGGGGCCUUCCACAGACACCCUCUCACCAGCCAGCCUGCCCUGGCCCCUGGGGAGCUCCCAGCUGGGCAGAGCAGGCAACAGCGCCCAGGGCCCACGCUCCAUCUCCGUGUCAGCUCUGCCUGCCUCAGACUCCCCCACCCCCAGCUUCAGUGAGGGCCUCUCGGAUACCUGUAUUCCCCUGCAUGCCAGCGGCCGGCUGACCCCGCGUGCCCUGCACAGCUUCAUCACCCCGCCCACCACACCCCAGCUGCGACGGCACACCAAGCUGAAGCCACCACGGACGCCGCCCCCACCCAGCCGCAAGGUCUUCCAGCUGCUGCCCAGCUUCCCCACGCUCACCCGGAGUAAGUCCCACGAGUCUCAGCUGGGGAACCGCAUUGACGAGGUCUCCUCGAUGAGGUUUGAUGUCUCGCAUGGAUCCCCACAGAUGGUACGGAGGGAUAUCGGGCUGUCGGUUACACACAGGUUCUCCACCAAGUCCUGGCUGUCGCAGGUCUGCCACGUGUGCCAGAAGAGCAUGAUAUUUGGAGUGAAGUGCAAGCAUUGCAGGUUGAAGUGUCACAACAAAUGUACCAAAGAAGCCCCUGCCUGUAGAAUAUCCUUCCUGCCAUUAACUCGGCUUCGGAGGACAGAAUCUGUCCCCUCGGACAUCAACAACCCGGUGGACAGAGCAACCGAACCCCAUUUUGGAACCCUUCCCAAAGCACUGACAAAGAAGGAGCACCCUCCAGCCAUGAAUCACCUGGACUCCAGCAGCAACCCUUCCUCCACCACCUCCUCCACACCCUCCUCGCCGGCGCCCUUCCCAACAUCAUCCAACCCAUCCAGCGCCACCACGCCCCCCAAUCCCUCACCUGGCCAGCGGGACAGCAGGUUCAACUUCCCAGCUGCCUACUUCAUUCAUCAUAGACAGCAGUUUAUCUUUCCAGACAUUUCGGCCUUUGCACAGGCAGCCCCGCUCCCCGAAGCUGCCGACGGUACCCGGCUCAACAACCAGCCGAAAGCAGACGUGUUGGAGGCUCACGAAGCGGAGGCUGAGGAGCCAGAGGCUGGCAAGUCAGAGGCAGAAGACGACGAGGAUGAGGUAGACGACUUGCCAAGCUCUCGCCGGCCCUGGCGGGGCCCCAUCUCUCGCAAGGCCAGUCAGACCAGCGUGUACCUGCAGGAGUGGGACAUCCCCUUCGAGCAGGUAGAGCUGGGUGAGCCCAUUGGGCAGGGCCGCUGGGGCCGGGUGCACCGCGGCCGCUGGCAUGGCGAAGUGGCCAUUCGCCUGCUGGAGAUGGACGGCCACAACCAGGACCACCUGAAGCUCUUCAAGAAAGAGGUGAUGAACUACCGGCAGACGCGGCACGAGAACGUGGUGCUCUUCAUGGGGGCCUGCAUGAACCCGCCCCACCUGGCCAUUAUCACCAGCUUCUGCAAGGGGCGGACGUUGCACUCGUUUGUGAGGGACCCCAAGACGUCUCUGGACAUCAACAAGACGAGGCAAAUCGCUCAGGAGAUCAUCAAGGGGAUGGGAUAUCUUCAUGCCAAGGGCAUCGUACACAAAGAUCUCAAAUCUAAGAAUGUCUUCUAUGACAAUGGCAAAGUGGUCAUCACAGACUUCGGGCUGUUUGGGAUCUCGGGCGUGGUCCGAGAGGGACGGCGUGAGAACCAGCUAAAGCUGUCCCACGACUGGCUGUGCUAUCUGGCCCCUGAGAUCGUACGCGAGAUGACCCCUGGGAAGGACGAGGAUCAGCUGCCAUUCUCCAAAGCUGCUGAUGUCUAUGCGUUUGGAACUGUUUGGUAUGAGCUGCAAGCAAGAGACUGGCCCUUGAAGAAUCAGGCUGCGGAGGCAUCCAUUUGGCAGAUUGGAAGUGGGGAAGGAAUGAAGCGUGUCCUGGCUUCUAUCAGCCUGGGAAAGGAAGUCAGUGAGAUCCUGUCGGCCUGCUGGGCUUUCAACCUGCAGGAGAGACCCAGCUUCAGCCUGCUGAUGGACAUGCUGGAGAAACUUCCCAAGCUGAACCGGCGGCUCUCCCACCCUGGACACUUCUGGAAGUCAGCUGAGUUGUAGGCCUGGCUGCCUUGCAUGCACCAGGGGCUUUCUUCCUCCUAAUCAACAACUCAGCACCGUGACUUCUGCUAAAAUGCAAAAUGAGAUGUGGGCACUAACCCAGGGGAUGCCACCUCUGCUGCUCCAGUCGUCUCUCUCGAGGCUACUUUUUUUGCUUUGUUUUAAAAACUGGCCCUCUGCCCUCUCCACGUUGCCUGCAUAUGCCCGAGUAACUGCUCUCAGAGGAUCCCACUAAUUGAGCUCCCUCCAAAGCGGUUUGGGCAGCUUCUAACUACCUUCCUGGACGUGACUGAUUGCUCCCGUGUUCUUCUGAGGGCUGGUCUUGUUUUUGUUUGGGUGGCUCUGUCUCACUGCUAACACCUUAGUGAGAUGCCUUCCACCCUCCUGAGUACACCAGCCUCCCACUGGGUGUGUGCCUAGUGCGGGGCAGGCGGAGGUUGGGAGGGUAUUGACUUGGCUUUUAACCUGUGGGGAUUUUGUCCAACAAGGAGUGGAAUGAUUUCCAGCUGCCCUGAGGCUGGCAUCCUGGUCCCAGGAACCCUCUGCUGGGCUCCUGUCUCUCAGUCUCCUCUGUAGAGUUAGAUCAGAAGACACAGAAAGUUCUGUGGCCAUGAAAGACACCAGCUCAGAAGGGUUGUGCUUCAGUGGCACCCUCAGAAAAGUCUUAAAGCAAAGAGGUACCUGGCUCCAGACAAUUCUUCUGAUGAAAACAAAGUCUCUGCCCCGUCCCCCCUGCCGCCCUGGCAAAAUUACUUCCUUUACACCUGCCCAGUGUGCCAUAAACCAGACCCCAGGUCAGCAUUUGUCAAGAGCAUGGCUGCCGGGUCCCCUGCAGCAGUCACUGCACUGUUUACUAAAUGCAGGUUUCUGUUCUCCUUCCCCAGCAAGACCUGCUGAACCCAGAUCUCUGGAACUGGGCUCUAGGAAUCUGCAUUUCAACCUGCUUCCCAGGUGGCGCUGAUGCACCCCAGUAUUAGGGUUUAUUUCUAAAAGGAACAUGCCUUGUAACUCCUGGUAUCCUGGGGGUCAUGUUUCUCUUCUCUCUCAGUUCUACUUGGAGCAAGAGCUUUCCUGGGCUGCAAAUGAGAAAACAAUUCCGAGGAGCCCACAGCAGUACUGAGCAUGCUGGGAGCUUGGGACUUGGAGAUGAGUGAGCCACUGUUGCUGCUCCAAGUAGAACUACUUGGAGUGUAGCUGAGGCCUUGGACUCAGUAUGACCAGGGGCAGCUCUGCCAGGGCUGUUGGCCAAUCAAUCAUUUUCAUUUCUUGUUGGAGGCCAAGUCCUCUGCUGAGCUCAUUUCCUAACUAGUGUUACCCUAAUUCUCAUGAAGACCAAUGGGGCUAUAAUUCUUGUUUUUGUUCCUCUUUGCAGCAUUAACAGCAGCAAAGUUGUACCCCGGUUUGAAAGGUUUGGCUUGGGCGUCCUGGAGUCCAGUAAUCCAAAGAUGUAGCCAGCCAUGUGGUUUUUCGCUGCUGAUCUCUUUCUUUUUAAAAUGUGUUUCUGAAACAUCCAAACAACCACCACAACAAAAAACACUGCCUGCCCAGCGCUGCAAACCAGGAGCACGCAUCCUAGAUUCAGACUGUUCGCCAUAAACCCCACUCGGGAGAUGGAACUGCACCUGCUAUCUCUUAAAAUGACACCACCAACAACCAAACCUGUCGUGACAGACAGCAAAUGUUUACACGUAUAUUUCUCCUGAGUGAACCUGAUGUUUUACAAUAGGUAAUAAUAAAAACAGUCCAUGCAUAGAUGCACGGGCACUGAUGGCCAGGAUGGCUGAAAUGGCCGUCCCCUCUGGAGGACCUGGUAGGCGGUGAGGGACCCAUGCUGGGCCAGAAGGAAGACAGACAUGGUGAUUGCAGCUGUUCUUGGGGUAGGGCGGGGAGCCCAGAAGGUCUGACCUGGCCUCUGCUUUUUGGCCCAACACCCCAUCAGGGGAAUCUCUCUCUCUAGGGCUCUCCCCUUGUCCUUUCAAAGGGAUACUGCCCCUUCCUCAUCUUGCAGAGGAAACCCUGGCUAGGAACACAGCUAGAUGAAGGAGUCUGGAGUUCCUGGAGAGUUUGGGUUCACCUUCUCACCCCUGUAAUCCAGGCUACUCCUGCUGGAAAAGCAGAAACAGAAUGCAAAAAAGGUCUGAACUCACCAGGUGGUUCCCAGCCAGGGUUUCUGCUACAAGCUGAGGAAACAUCCCUGGCUUGUACAGAUGUGAGUCUUUGAUGAAGCCCCCAGGCAGGCACUAAGGUGAUGGGACUCAGGGCCUUGGCUUUUAGCUACAUCCCAAUCCCUGACUGACAUCUGACCGUGAGAGCUGGAUGGGUGGGAACAAGGAGGAUGGAGGAAGGAGGAGGAGUAGAUGGCAAAGGUACCGGAGCCCCCUUCCCAGCCACAUGGUGACCCUGGCACUGUAAAAACCCUUUGUCAUGCCAGAAGGUUCUAGAACUGCCCACUUCUUCCAUUUCUGUCCUGCUGAAACCCCUUAGCCCAUUUCCAACUCCUCUGUCCAUGCUCUGAGCUCAACUGGGCGGCGUGUGGCCCAUCACCCCUUUCACUUAGACCCACCUAGCUGGCCUCCAUCUGCAGAGCCUUCCCUAGCACCAUUAGGCCUUCUACUUGUGUCCAUUUGAAGCAGGAGGGGCUGGAUUUGGAAAAGUCUUUGAGGUGAGAGCACCACACUUGUCUUCAUUAGGAACUCUCACCUGUGGAGAAAAGUUCCAGAUGGCAAAAGGGAGCCCUUAAGGGGAGGUUAGGUUGUAUUAGCCUCCAAAACCAGAAAGGAAAAAGGGUGAUGGGAGUGGAGACGUGAUUGGAUUCUGUGACCAUGCUCUGAGCUCAGACUUGGGAAGGGAGGGAGGUGGCUCCCACCCCUCCCAGUUAAGCCCCGUCUAGCAGAGCCCCAGUCUCCAGAGUCGGGUCAAAAUGCCACAGAAAAUGAGCUGCUCUGCCGGCAAGCUGUGGAGUUGCCUCCUCUCCAGGCCUGGCAUCCCUUGGUCAGCCCCUCCUUGGAGGGCACAGCCAUAUUACAGUGCCAACGUGCCUGGCCAUCAGCAUCUUCACCCUUCCCAGUCCGUGUGGGGAGGCUGUAAACCACGUGGAUUCAGCUCCGUGUGGAGUUUCUGUGCUGUGAUGGGACUGCUCAUUUUGCCCCAUCAUCCCUUUGGCAUCCCACACACCUGCUCUUUCCCAGGGAUCACGUGUGUCUCCAGCCUUUCACCUUUCUAUUGCAAUGGUGGCCUUUG